AUGCGGGCUUUCUUCUUGACUGUGCUCUGCACUGUUCUCUUGUUGGGGACACUGUCCUCGGCCUGGCCAUGGAGCCAAAAUGGCAUAAACUCCCUAGAUAAACGACAAGAUACCACUGAUACCGCAAGCGAUUCCACGACCACGAAUGCAAAGACCUCUGAAACCACGGCCAAUACCAAUACCGCGUCUGAGACCUCGUCCUCGUCCGAUACCACGACUGGCACAAACACCGAUACAAAGACCGCGACCGAUUCAGAAACAACCGGCACCAACACUGGCACCAACACUGGCACCACCAAAACAAAGACCAAGACCACCUCUACCUCCUCCAUCUCCAUUGAUCCGGCUGCCGCUGCUGGAGGCGUGUCCAUGAUCACCCCGAACGCCUUGUCCACGAGCUAUUACAAGAUCGGUCAGGAUGUCACAUUCGUAUGGAACUAUACUUCGCUCUCGGUCACCCCAUCUGCAGUCAAUGUCGUUGCUUCUUGCAGCAUGAACAAGCAGGAAUAUACGUUGACCUCCAACAUGAGUGUGAAGGCCACUGGAAGCGUGAUCUGGGACACCGGAAAAUACCAGUCUUCAGCCACCAUUCCGUUGCUCACCGCGACCUAUACUCUCUUUGUCUAUGACUCCAGCAAGGAAAUUGAUGACACCGCCUCUGCUGGACAUCUGGGUUCGCAGAUCGGGUAUUCCUUCGGAAUGUAUACCCCGCAAGCUUACACCCCGCUCAAUGAAUUCCACUGUGCCACCUGCAGCGGUGCCAUGUCCGAGACCACUCGCCAGGCCCUCAAAUUCACCUUUGGAAUGGCUCUCAUUACCUUCGCUUCCUUCACUUGGUUUGCUGGGAGUGCCGGCGUAUUGUCCUGA